AUGAUUGUUCCACUUUCGCAUGAUCCAACUGAGUUAGCACAGCCUGUCAUUGGUCCUACUUUACCACCUGGCCUUCAAGAUAGCUUAAGCAUCGAUUUGCAGAUGAAGCUCAUCGUCUUCGCAGUGCUUGUGGGUGCUGUCUACUGUAUUCCUGUCGACAACGGGGUUGAAGGUGAACCCGAGGUGGAGUGUGGGCCCACAGCCAUAACUGUCAACUUCAACACCAGAAACCCAUUCGAAGGACACGUCUACGUCAAGGGUCUUUAUGAUCAGAAAGAGUGCCGAAACGAUGAAGGAGGUCGACAGGUGGCUGGAAUCGAGUUGCCGUUCGAUUCUUGCAAUACUGCCAGAACCAGAUCCCUCAAUCCUCGUGGAGUCUUCGUCUCGACUACCGUUGUCAUCUCUUUCCAUCCUCAAUUCGUGACAAAAGUCGAUCGAGCAUACAGAAUCCAAUGCUUCUACAUGGAGUCUGACAAGACCGUCAGCACCCAAAUCGAGGUCUCUGACCUGACCACCGCCUUCCAGACACAGGUUGUACCAAUGCCCAUCUGUCGUUACGAGAUUCUCGAUGGAGGACCAUCCGGACAGCCCAUUCAGUUCGCCACCAUCGGUCAACAGGUGUACCACAAGUGGACUUGUGAUUCCGAGACCACCGACACCUUCUGCGCCGUCGUUCACACCUGCACUGUUGAUGAUGGAAACGGUGAUACGGUACAGAUCCUGAACGAGGACGGAUGCGCCCUUGACAAGUUCCUCCUGAACAAUCUCGAGUAUCCUAGCGAUCUGAUGGCAGGCCAAGAGGCUCACGUCUACAAAUACGCAGACAGGACCCCGGAAGUGAGUGCCCUCGUCCAUCGUGCCGCUGAGCCCACUGGUUUCGGAGCCGUCAAGCAGGGAACCCCUAAAACUGAUGCAGUUGCUGCUGGUGCUGCUGCAGGAGCACCCGGAGCAGUGGAAGCUGCUGGAGCAGCUGGAGGAGCCGCAGGUGGAGCUGCCGGUGGUGCAGCUGGUGGAGCUGCAGGAGCCGUUGGGGCAACCAGAGGAGCUGCAGCUGGAAUUGCUGCCGGAGCUGCACAGUUGAGACUGCUAAGAAAGAGAGCAGUCAACAAUGAGGCAAUUCUGGAUGUUCGAGCUGAGAUCUCAGCAAUUGAGAUCACCGACAACGACUCGCUGCCAUCAGCACUUCGAGCCAUCGCACCAGCUGCGCUCGUCAGCAACGACCGCUUCGACUCCACCGUGUGCCUGUCUCCUCUCUCGUUCGCUGCUUUCAUCGGCCUGGGAAUCCUUCUGGCCACGGCUCUAUCUGCCUUCGUUUUCUACACUGCACGACCCCAUCACAAGUUCUAA